AUGACUGACCCCAUUUACAAUCCACCAUCAUUCUUUGGCCCAAACGCCAUCAAGCUCCCAAGCCAAUACAGGUCUAUAAAGGUUCUGGGAGCGGGCAGCUAUGGAGAGGUGGUGAAAUGCUGGAAGAAAGACAUCAACCAACCCGUGGCUGUAAAGAUCCCCUUGCACGCAGAUGAUAAUGGCAAGGAGAUUCCCAUGAUGCAGGAGUUAAUGCGCCUCAAAGCUGACCAGCACAAUAUCAUCAAGUUCCUUGGCUGGUUCAACACGAGGUGUGGAAAAGCCCUGGUGUUUGAGAUGUGUGACAUCAGCAUAAUGGACUACAUUCUGAAGACCGACUGUGCCCCUAUGCGACUGAGUGACAUCAGCACCAUCAUCAAACAGCUGGCCGAGGCUCUCAAGGCGCUGAAGAGAUUUGGAGUGAUUCACAAUGAUUUAAAACUGGACAACAUCAUGAUGGUGAAUCACAGGAUACGACCCUUCAAGGUCAAGCUAAUUGACUUUGGCUUGGCCUUGCCAACAUCUGAAGCCAAGCAGGGCAUGGAUCUGUUGACCAUCAACAGUUCUCCAGAAAUGAUUUUGGACCUUCCAUUUUCUGAGGCCAUUGACAUGUGGUCAUUGGGCUGUGCGAUGGCCACCAUGAUCAUCGGCGAUUACCUGCUGUUUGGAUCAAAUGCAUAUGAAGCAAUGCAUUACAAUGUUGAAAUCCUCGGUCAGCCGCCAGACCAUCUUCUUGAUGAUGGACUAAAGACAGAGAACUAUUUCACCAGGACUGAGUCCAACAGCUGGAGGCUCAAGCUGCGUCUGGAGGAGAAUAACAAAAACGAGGCUGUGGAGCGAGGGCAGUGCAUCGAUCUCUUGGAGGCCAUGCUUGAAAUGGAUCAGGCUAAGAGGAUCACUCCCAGUGAAGUCCUCUCUCAUCCUUUCAUUGACAAAGGCCACCAGAGCUCCUGUGGGAAAAAGAAAGUGAGCGAGGUUAUAUCCUUUGGUCCUAAAACUCGUCUGCCAAAUGUAAGAGUUCAGCCUGCUGCACCAGAGAACACACUGCUGAUGGAGGACGAGGAGAGUGCAGAGACUGCUCUGGAAAAGGAUGCUACCAUCAGCAUCCACCAGGAGCACCACAGUCCAGCAUCUCUCACUGUCCUUCCAUCAGGUGUGAUCCUGGUUCAGCCUGCUGCACCUGAGAACACACUGCUGAUGGAGGACGAGGAGAGUGCAGAGACUGCUCUGGAAAAGGAUGCUACCGUCAGCAUCCACCAGGAGCACCACAGUCCAGCAUCUCUCACUGUCCUUCCAUCAGGUGUGAUCCUGGUUCAGCCUGCUGCACCUGAGAACACACUGCUGAUGGAGGACGAGGAGAGUGCAGUCAGAUUGCAGGCUGAGACUGAGAGUUCCACAGUGGAAGUAGCUGACAGUGACACCUGGACAUGUCAGGACUCUACCUCAUGUGACGACACCGGUACCCAGCAGAAGAAGAAGAAGAAGAAGAACUGUGUCCGGCCCUUCUUCUCCUGGAUGAGGAAGACCUUCGCCUCCUGCUGCACUGCCAUGGAUGACGGUGACAUGACAAGUGAAGCUCUGUGA